UGGUACCCAAAGAGGUAAUCAAGCAGAUCAAAGUAUUCAUCAGCCAAACAACAUGCAAGCAACAACAUCAUCUCCUUCAGUCAACAAGCCAAGAAAUUUGUCACAACACCUAAAGCCACUUGAUACCUCCAAUCUACACGAAAAGACAGAAAUUUCCUCAGCUAAAAGAAGGCCAGACUUAGAUAGAGACUCUCAUCCACAACCAACUGUGGGGCAAAUGCACAACAUGAAAGAAAUAACAACAAAUCUAACAAAAGGUGAAAAGACUGAGGAAGACAGGACAGAAAAACCAAGACAAGAAACUGUAGCAACUCCUCAUGAAGAAACCACUGCAAAACCUCAGAGCAGGCAAAAACAAGUGGAGAAAGCUUCAAGGACAGAAGUAGAGAGAAAUGAGAGAAUAAAAAACAUAAUAGAGGAGAAUAGAGCCUCUCUGGCAGAAGAAGAGAGGAGAGCUUCUCAGAGAGAGGAGGAGAGAAGAGCAAGAGAGAGGGAGGCCAUAUCUAUAAGGAUCAAGGAGAGGCGGGAAAAACAAAAGGAAGCAGAGCAAAGAGCAGAGGAAGAAAGAAAAGUAAAACAAGUGGAGGAGGAGAGAGCUGCACAAAAAGAAGAGGAGAGGAGGAGGGCAAAGCAAAGAGAGGAGGAAAGGAGAGCAAAACUGAGAGCGGAAGAAGAGAUGAUGAAAGCUAUUGAGGAGAGAAGGAGGGUCAAGCAGAGAGAGGAGGAGAUUGCUGCUCAAGAGGAGCAGCAGAGGAGAGCUGCUCUAAUUGAGGAGCAAAGGCAAAAGGCCAAACAGGCUGAGGAGGAGAAGAGACUUGCUUUUAUUGAGGAGGAGAGGAGGAAAAGAAAACAAAGAGAGGAAGAGAGGGCUGCUCAAGAGGAUCAGCAGAGGAGAGACACUCUAAUGGAGGAGCAAAGGCAAAAGGCCACACAAAUUGAGGAGGAGAGAAGAAGAAAAAAAAUAGAGGAAGAAAGAGCUGCUCAAGAGGAGCAAAGGCGAAAGGCCAAACAGAUUGAGGAGGAGUGGAGAAGAAAACAAAGAGAAGAAGAGAGAGCAGCUCAAGAGGAGCAGCAGAGGACAGCUGCUCUAAUUGAGGAGCAAAGGCGAAAGACCAAACAGAUUGAAGACGAGAAGAGACUCACUUAUAUUGAAGAGGAGAGGAAAAGAAAACAGAGUGAGGAGGAGAGAGCUGCUCAAAUUGCAGAAGAGAAAAUAAUUAAACAGAUUCAGGAACAGAAGAAACAUAAGGAGCAGGUUGAGGAGAAGAGGAAAGAAAGACAGAAAAAAGAAGAGUGGAUAAGAACUCAAAAAGAGGAGGAGGAAAGGAGAGCUGCUGACAGAGAGAAAGCAAUUCUUAAGCAAAGAGAGGAACAGCAAGCCAAAGAGGAGAGGGCCAGGCAGCUUGAGGAGGCAAGUCAGGCAGCACAGAGAGAGGAGAAGCGAGUAGCAAGAGAGAGGUUGCAGGCUCAAAGAGAGGAGGAGGUAAGGGCUAAAAAGAGAGAAGAAGAAAAGUUACCAGCUCAGAGAGAGAAGGAGAGAGUUUCUCGGGUGGAGGAGUCGAAAAAAGCAGCGAAGAGGAUGGAUGCUCUUCAGUACUAUGCCAUCACCUCAACAGAGUCAGAAAAGAAAUCCAGAGAAAGACAACUACGCUCUCCUGUACCCUCCCAACACAGAAACAAUGCACCUGAGUCAGCCGAGGACUCUGGAUCCUACAAUAGGCUUUGCAGGUCUCAUAACGCUGCAUCUCCAGCUCCAUCCCUCCCCCGCUCCAACACAUCCUCUCCUGCAGUGGGAGCCAAGCCCUCAAUGUUCAGGGUGAAGGAUAACACCAUAAGAGGUUCCUAUUUCACCAAAUCAGUCAAACCACGCUUCCAUAAGAACUUCGGAGAAGAUUUCAGGGUUGGUUCACCUUGGUCUGACAGAGGAGAUGAGGAGCUGGAGAUAAUGAGACAUAACGCAGGAACCCCAAUUCAUCCUGAUACAGCCACCAGACUUGCUGCUAUCAAAGAAUCUUCAACCCUUCAGCUAUCUUCAUCACAGGAUUACUCAGCCCCUCCGUCACACCACAGGCCCUACAGCAGGAGAAGCAUUGUUCUGGAUGAAGAUGACUCCCGCUCUGUCAUCAGCAACAUGUCUGAGGAUGUGGAGAGUUUUGUCACCAGUGUGGGGGACCUGGCAGAUAUACGGGGCCUAUAUGACUACGAGAGGCCGGAUUCUGCAUGCAGUUUCAGUAGUGAUGUGUCCCGCUUAGGAAAGCCUCCAGUUGUUCCCCCAAAAAGCGAGAAAGCCCUGCUUAGGGCGAAAAGGCUGGCCAAACGUAGGAUAAAGAAAGAGUUGUCCAAAGCUGCAGCAGACAGCCCGGCUGAGAAAUCUCUUCAAGAGGUCUCAAGUACUCCUUCCACCUCCUCCUCUGAGGUAUGCUCCUCCAACCGCCAUGCUGUGGCUUCCCCUCAUUUUUCCCCACCUGUGUCCCUUGCUCAUGCACAAGCAUUGGAGUCUAGCUUGCCCUCUUCGCAUUCAGAGCCCCAGCCUUCUCGUCGCUCUUUCCAUGCCUCCCCUCAUGCUACUGCCCCUGUCUCCCUCCCAGUUGCCUCCCCUCACGCAACUACCCCUGUCUCCCUCCCAGUUGCCUCCCCUCAUGCUACUGUCCCUGUCUCCUUCCCAGUUGCCUCCCCUAAUGCCACUACUCCUGUCUCCCUCCCAGUUGCCUCCCCUAAUGCCACUACUCCUGUCUCCCUCCCAGUUGCCUCCCCUCAUGCCACUACCCCUGACUCCCUCCCAUUUGCCUCCCCUCAUGUUACUGGCCCUAUUUCCCAUCAUGCAGCUCUUAAGACAGUUGCUCAUGUUCCUUCUUCUCCCACUCUCCAUCAUUCUAACCACCCAGCUCCAGUGACACAGUACCAUGUAGAGUCAAGCUAUCCCCACUCCUACCCGCUGACCCAGCGUAAGGUGUUGCAAGACCUUGACUCAGGUCAGUACUUCGUAGUGGAUGUUCCUGUUCAGGUGAAAACAAAAACUUUCUUUGACCCAGAGACAGGGAAGUAUGUUCAGCUGAAUGUGCGCGAGUCUGGCCAGAGCACCUCCCGACCCCAGUCCCAGCAACCGCACCCACAGCCUCAGCUACAACCCCAAGUGCCAGCCAAGCAGCAACAACAGCCCCUCUCCCAAGCUUCUCCAGCUGGCAAGCCCUAUGUGGUUUAUCAAGGCUACCAGGGUUAUCCACAAGGCUACCAACCUGCAGAGACCUCCUCCGUGCACCCCCAAAGGUCAUCCUCAGUUAGGUCAACCCCAGUGACUCUCUCCCAGGAUCAACAGCCUGCUAGGGAGAACCACACCUACAGACAUCAAGCCCCCGAAAAUGAACAGAACUCGGAGGGGCAUCGCUACAGCCCAGAGAAGACUCCAUACAUGGACACGGUUAAUGAUAAAGACAAAACACAUAACACAGUUUACAACACACAUGGCUCAUAUGAGUGUGACACAAACAGCCAGCUUGCAGAAAGCUUGGUUUGUGAAACUGACAACUCAGCUCAUUCAAGGUAUGAGUCCUGUGAUAUAAUAACCAUGGGUGAACUGGAGGACUUUAUGGAGGUGUCUGACUGCUGAGGGGGUUUAAGGGGUUGAUUAUGCAAUGCAUACAAGUGGCUAAGUAAAUCAUUUGAUAAAAUAAAGCUACCCAAAAGCACAGUAUGAAUGGAUCAUCAUAUAAAUUAUGUUGUUUGUAAAUGUGACUUUUUAAGGGAAAAAAGUCUCAAUGUUUUUGCUUCGUAGCUGAAAAAAGUCCCUGUGGCAUGCUGUUAAAUUGCUGCUGUCAAUUUUGGAGAAUUAUUGUUAAGCUAUUUAUUGUGUUACAGAGAAGUUCACCAUUCCAUUUGACUUUUUGAAUGUGAGACGCUAAGAUAUCUUUCUUGUGUAUACAGUGUGAUCAAUAAUCUGUUGCCUCCUAGAAGUACAUUAUGAUGUAGCAAAUAGCCCAGCCCAGAGGAAUGUUUAGUUUCUGAUAUGAACACUGAUCGGCUUGCUUAAGUUGUCAUUCUCUUUUCUUGUAGGAGAAAAAUCCUACUUUUGGCAUUUUGUGAUGCAUGAAAUCUUAAAUCCACAGCGUCAAUCAAAGAUCUGCAGAUUGUGUAAAGCAUAGUUUUGUGUGUUCAACCACUGUGUGAAAGUUGAAACAUGGGGAUGUCAUAAUAGCUGUUUGUAAGUUUUAAUUUCAUACUGUAGUCCAUUUUUAAAGUGGGAGGUUUGUGAGGAUGUUUCUUUGUUGCUGUGAGUAGUGUGACAUGGACUUGUUCAGGCAAUAAAAACACACUUCAUUCAAACUAAAUAAUUUCUCACCACAAUAAAUGUUUCAGAAUCACAUUGUAAAGGUUAUAAAUAAACAAAGAGGAAAUGUAAA